CAUACUCCGAUUUUUCAGAGUCCUUGACCUGAAGUGUUCUGAUGCAAUAAUUUGAACGAUGAAAAACUGAAAAAUCACGGAAUCCCGAGCUGUUGUUUCAUUUUUCUGUGAUAAAAUAGUGAAAUUAUUGUUGAUCUUUCAUCUUCGGAAUGGAAGACGACGAAUUGACACCCUUUGAUCCUUCUGUGAUGAAGAAGAAAAAGAAAAAGAAGAAGGUACCAUUUGAUUUAGAUGCAGCUAUGGGUGAGACAGAAGGAGCAACAGAUGGGGCACCAACCCCAGAAACAACUGAAAUCCAAGAGGAACCGGAGGAAAGCAAAUCUGAAAAUCAAAGGGAAAAAGUAGAUGAUGAUAUGUCAUUAGAAUUUAGCCUUGGGAUGAAAAAGAAGAAAAAGAAAAAGAAAGCAUUUGAACUUGAUGACUUGGGAGAUGCUCUGCCUGUAAGGAUAACUGUAUUUAAAGAAUCACGAGCUUCAGAAUCUACACAGCCCCCAGAGGAUCAAGAUGGGGGAGCGGACGAAGAAGCCCCAGCAGACGAAGAUUUCAAUUUAGCUCUUCCAACUAAAAAAAAGAAAAAGAAGAAGAAGGUUGACUUUGAUGCACUUGAAUCAGAAGAACCAAUGUUGGAUGAAGUUGAUGAAGCAGAAGAAGCAAAGAAGGAAGAGAGAUUAACAGGCGGUAGCUCUGGGAAAUCCUGGUUGGACUCUGAUAGAGAUUACACAUAUGAUGAGUUACUGACACGUGUGUUUGAUAUAAUCAGAGAGAAAAAUCCUGACAUGGUAACUGGUGAAAAGAAGAAAUUUGUUAUGAGACCUCCUCAAGUGCUUAAAGUUGGUACUAGAAAAUCUUCGUUUGCAAAUUUUGCAGAUAUUUGUAGAUUGUUACAUCGACAGCCAAAACAUGUGUUAGCUUUCCUGUUGGCAGAAUUGGGUACAAGUGGUUCUGUUGAUGGUAAUAACCAGUUGAUUAUCAAAGGCAAAUAUAACCAGAAACAGAUAGAAAAUGUCCUUAGAAGAUAUAUCAAAGAGUAUGUUACCUGUCAUACUUGUAGGUCACCUGACACGUUGCUACAAAAAGAUACUAGACUUUUCUUUCUACAGUGUGAAACGUGUGGUUCUCGGUGCUCUGUUGCUAGCAUCAAAUCUGGUUUCCAGGCCGUUACAGGAAAGAGAGCUGCAAUACGGGCAAAAACCACAUAAAACAAUCAUGGCAGAGCUUAACAAUAUGGAUAAAUAUAUCAUCUUAAAAUGGCUUAAAAAGCUUGUAUCACUUGUCACCUUUAAGUCAAAUCAGUUUGAAUGUGGGCAUCUGUGUACUUGUAAUUGUACAAUUAAUCUGAAUGUUGUUGAUAGUACAGUGACAGUUUUGUCAUGUCAGAUGAAUGCCAGUGGAUUUAAAGAGGAAGAUUGGUUGAAAGGACUGAUAAUGACUAGUAUAUUUCAUUGGAUAAUUCGGCAUUUAAGAGAUCAGUGUAUCUUAUCUUUUCUUAAUUUAUACAGUUGUAAUGAUAUUUCUUUCAUAAAUUUACAUUCAAAUA